AGUUCGAGCGUUUUUUCCGGUGUGUGUUUCCCUGUGUUCUGACCUCUGCUACGUUUCCUAGACUCUGAGUUUCUGCCCGCCCCCUUUCUGGACUGACGCCGAUCGCCCGACCUCAGCCUGGACCCUCGACUGUGUUUUUCGCCUCUGCCUCUUUCUGGACCAACGCCGAUCGCCCGAUCCCUGCCUGGAUUCCCGACCGUGUUUUGCGCCUCUCCCUCGUCUGUACCGAAGCUGAUCUUCCUAUCUCCUCGCCCGAGUUUCAGCUACAUUCUCGGGCUCUGCCCUGGGUACCUCUGACUUCCCUAAGGAGAGAAGUAAAUAAACAACAGGACUUACAGCUUUGCCGCGUCAGUGUCCGUCUUAUUGCCUUCUCAACAGAUACAGCACCUCAAAAACAAACACCCGACACAAUACAGCGAGUUUACCCAGGCAACCCAGCCGAAGUCGAGUCAGCUCACGCUGCAGGAGAGUUUGAAUAGGAGAGAAAAAAUGCCCCGUGACAGCGCGAAGGCGCAGGACAUCACAGCCAAUAUAGCAAUGAGUCGCAAUGAGUGACCUGCCAUUCGCCUUUGUAGAGAACCCUGGAUUUCUUAUGCUUAUAGAGCACGUAGAACCUCAAUUUGAAAUGCCGUCUCGCCACUAUUUCACCGAGAAAGCUCUGCCAGCCCUUUAUAAGAAGAUUUCUGACAAACUACUUGUCCUGUUAUCAGAUGUACUCCAUGUUUCGUUCACCACAGCCAUCUGGAGUUCAUCCGUAGCUCCCAUGUCUCUACUAAGCCUCACCGCACCGCACAUCCCUACAUGUCCAGGAAUUUCGUGGAUGGCACACCGCAGAGCACAUCCAGCAAUCGAUGGAAAAGAUGAUAGACAACUGGGAAAUUGGCAAGCAACGGGUCCACGAAAUUUUGCGUAACAACGCGGCAAAUAUGAAGAAAGCUAUGAGGGAUAUGGGGGUGCCGAGUGUGGGCUGUGUCACCCAUUCCUGUCAACUCUGUGUGCAUGAGGGCCUGCUGUCUCAUCGCAGCAUGACAGAGACCCUGGCAAACGCAAGGAAGAUUAUAGGCCAUUUUAAACACUCCCCAUUGGCCUACUCUCAACUAGAAGACAUACAGAUGGACCUAAAUAUGGAUAUCAAGCGCCUACAGCAAGAUGUACAGACAUGAUGGAACAGCAGCCUCUACAUGCUGCAGAGCCUACUGCAACAAAAACGUGCUCUUAGUCUUUGCAGCUGAGCGCACUCUACCAGCAACACUGACAGCUCACCAGUGGGAGCUGAUGAAUAAGACUGCUGAUGUGCUAUCCCCCUUUGAAGAGCUGACCAGGGAUGUGAGCAGGGAGACUGCAACUGCAACUGAUGUGAUCCCUGCCAUAACAGUCCUCAGACGUGUUCUGUCUCGGGAGGGUGAUGAUGACCAGGGAAUAAAAACAAUGAAGAGGACUCUGCUGGAGGCAGUGGAGAAGCGCUUUGCUGAUGUUGAAACUGAGCCAGAUACAAAGAUGGCUUUUUCACAAAGUCAGCCAACCUGUUGCUUGCAAAGGAACACCUGAUCCAGGAGGUGGCAAAGACAGAGGGGAGGAGGGCUGUCAGUGCAGUGCCAGAGGAAAAUGAGGCUGCAGCAGGGCCAGUGAGCAGGGCCCCACAUCAUGAAGCAUGUAGCAGCCUGGACAUCGCCUUUGAGGAAAUCUUACAAGAGAGGCAGUCACAGGGAUGGUCUGUGAGUACCACAUCAGCAGAAACUCAAGUGCAGACCUACCUCUCAGAAAAAAACACCGCUAAGAAAAGCGACCCACUUCAGUACUGGAAAGAACAUGCUAAUCAGUUUCCCUCUAUGGCUGCUGUUGCAACACAGUAUCUCAGUGCCCCCUGCAGCUCUGUGGACAGUGAGAGACUUUUUAGUGCCGUUGCAAACGUCCUUGAUGAGAACAGAAACAGGCUCAAACCUGACAAGGUAGAGAUGUUAGUUUUCAUUAAGAAAAACAUACAUUUCCUUCUGUGAAACUUACUACUGUGAUGACAGUAAGAGUUAGGAGUGCAGUUCCUAAAAGCACAUUACUGGCUUUGCAAACACUGUGGCACUUUUAUUUUUUAAUUUGUUUACAUGCCUGGCGGGUAUUUUAAGUUGAGGUGCUAUUUGUUUUUAUAUUAGACUUUUUUUUAUAUUUAUUGUUGCACUAAAGUCCAAAAGUGAAGAAUUUAUGUUAUUUAUUACUUGAUUGUUCAAGCUACCUCACAGAAGUGCUCUGUUUGUUAACAGAGUUCUUGAAUGUUAAAAUAAGGUGAAUUAAAUAAAAAAUAAGGAACAUCCUGGA